GAGAGCCAGGCUGCCGCCCCGCUCCUCGCCCUGGCAGUGCCACUCCGGGGCAGCCAGGCGCCGGGGCGAUGGCGUCCUCAGCGGCCGGCGUGGUGGUGAUCGUUGGCAGUGGACUCAUUGGGCGAAGCUGGGGUAUGUUGUUUGCCAGUGGAGGCUUCAAAGUGAAACUCUAUGAUAUUGAGCAGCAACAGAUAACCAAUGCCCUGGAAAACAUCAGAGAAGAGAUGAAGUUGCUGGAGCAGUCAGGUUCUCUGAAAGGCUCUUUGAGUGCUGAAGAGCAGCUGUCACUCAUCAGUGGUUGUUCCAGUAUUCAAGAAGCAGUAGAGGGCGCCAUGCACAUUCAGGAAUGCGUUCCAGAAAACCUGGAACUGAAGAAGAAGAUCUUCGCUCAGUUGGACCGAGCCGUCGAUGACACGGUUGUCCUGAGCAGCUCCACCUCGUGCCUCCUGCCGUCCCAGUUGUUUUCGGGUCUGGUGCAUGUGAAGCAGUGCAUCGUGGCUCAUCCUGUCAACCCGCCAUACUGUGUCCCACUGGUUGAGCUGGUCCCACACCCCGAGACGUCGCCUGCAACAGUGGACAGGACCCACACCCUGAUGCGGACGAUUGGACAGUCCCCGGUCAGAGUCCUGAAGGAGGUUGAUGGCUUUGCUCUGAAUCGCCUCCAGUACGCGGUGAUCAGCGAGGCCUGGAGGCUCGUGGAGGAAGGAAUAGUGUCUCCAACUGACCUUGACCUUGUCAUGUCAGAUGGCCUGGGCAUGCGGUAUGCGUUCAUCGGACCCCUGGAAACGAUGCAUCUCAAUGCAGAAGGUAUGUUAAGCUACUGUGACAGAUACAGAGAAGGCAUGAAACGUGUCCUAAAGACUUUUGGACCCGUUCCAGAGUUUUCUGGGGCCACAGUUGAAAAAGUUAACCAGGCCAUGUGUGUGAAAGUUCCAGAUGAUCCACAGCACUUAGCUGCCAGAAGGAAGUGGAGAGAUGAAUGCCUUAUGAGUCUUGCCAGAUUGAAAAGUCAGAUGCAGUCCCAGUAGAGCUUCUUGUAAUGCUACUGUCAGUCCUCUCACUGGGAGGCCUAUUUGGUGGAAUUAGAAGCAGUUAAUCAGAUUGCUCUGAAACAAUGGGAAGCCAUAGUGGUGCUUAGCAUGCAGAUUCUGAGCUUGACCUCCUGGCUUAGCAGGCACUCGGUGGUGGAGGCUUAGUGGCUUACCGUCCCUUCUGAUCAGACCCUCACUUGGGUGUCCAGCAGCACUUGGUUCUGAGGGCUGUUGAUUUCCUGCCCCCUAGGUGAGCAAGAGAGCAAAUCAUUUGAAGAUUUUCACCUUUUAUUUUUAGUAUGAUUACAUAUAGCUAUAUUUAUAGGCAAUGAUUGUAGUUUCGUUAUUUUAGUCUGAAGCAAAAUAUUUUUAUAAUUAUUUUGUAAUCCCUUUCUGAAUACUCUAUGGCGCUGCAUUUAUCAGGCAACUACUUUCGUUUUGUUAAUGCUUAUUCUGAAUAAAAGUUUUUGAUUCCAUAAA